GUUGUUUGACCGGUUCAUGUCCCUGGACCAUGGACCUUGACAUGGACCACCAUACCCGACGGACAUCGUCUACCGUCCGUGAGCACGAGGAAGCAAAGCAUGUCACCUGGGCGCGGCACGCCAGUACCGCCGUACCGCGCCGUGUCAUGUACGGACAAGGCUCCGCCUCCAUCUGGAUGAAGCUCUGGAUGCUCAUGUGACGAGGCAAGUCUCCAUUCCUUUGUUUCCAUUACCCAAUUUUUGGCCAAGAGCAACCCUUUGCCUCUUCAACUUGCUAUAUUAAUCUGCGGGCCGCUCACACUCACACACACACGCCCGGCUACUAACGCCCAGUGCAAGCCACUCUUCCGCAUGACAUUAACGAGACGUCCUCAAUCCUAACCUGCCUCUUGCGAUACUGGUUACCUUACCUUACUGUACGAAGUACACGCCCAGUCCCAAACUCCCAAGGACCUAAACCCAGCCCAUCCAACCCAAUAUCCUGAUCCUAAUCCAGCCCAGACGCGAUCCGUUGGAUGACUCUAUCCCAAUCCGCCCCUGUCUCUUGAUUCUCACGCCCCGUAUACACCCUUAUACAUAGAGUAUCUACUUCCCUCUCCCUUUCCCACCCCAAUAUCACCUCAACGAUUGCGAAGAGCACGUCUUGUCUUGUGCCACGCACUCCCUUCACCCCCUCGUCUCGUCUCCUUUCCCCAAGUUCCAACGUUCCCUGGUCUUGGUCUAGUAACAUCACAAACGGUUGAGGUUGGACCACCUGAACACGCCAAACCACCAUCUUCCCCGCAUCACCAUAACUUCCUCUUACCUAAAAGCCCCGGUCUUUGACUAAUAGAAAAGUCGCUUCUGGCUUGCUCUGUCGACGGACCCGGGCCCCCGGUCUCGUCUUUCCUACAUUGCAGCUCACACUUUUUUUUACGCUUUGCCAUACGACUAGUCUCUUUCUACCUUACCCCGGCUUGUUCAGAAAGAAAGGGAAAGAAAAAAAACCAAGACAGUGGAGAAAACGUGUGUGCGUUUGGUGGUGUGUCGUGCAAACCAUUGAAACAACGAGCGCAGCGACCCGGACCUUCAAGGUCAAAGUAAAGUUCCUGCAGCCAUGGCUUCUCCGCGACUUCUCCAACCGCAAACCUCGUCCCAGGACCACACCUUACACACCCCCCCAGGCACUCCUCCGACAGGCCACAACCACACUCAGACUCUCGUCGAAUACAAAAUGGACAGCCCAGAGCCGCACCGACCUGCUACCCCGGAAAAGAAUGGCAGAUCCUCUUUCUCGUCCAUUCGCGAGAACGACUCCGACUUAGCCCAGACGUUCACUUCCUCAAAAGUCUCUUCCUACGCACAGAAAGCAACCAACGCCGUGUUCGACGACUCCUCUGCCUCACCCUCGCCGAUCGCCUCACCUUCCCUCGAGAUGGCUGAAGUUCAGUUCAUGCCCCCCGUUACCCACCCCAGCAGCAGACUUCAUGGCGGCUGGUAUCCUGCCUCCAGCUUCAAGGGCUGGAAGCAAAUCAAUGUCAAGGGCAAGACGGCUAGCAAGAGCUUCAGUGACCUCCAGGCACUGCACAUGUCAUGGAGCACCCCUCCGCCUUCACCCAAGGGCAACAAGCCUGCCAACUGCCGCGCGCCCAUGGAGAGACUGCCAUUGGAGAUUCUAGGAUCCAUUAUCGAGCUCCUGGUCCUCGACAUCCCUCCGCCGUACGGCACCGCGCGUCGCAACGUCGACUUGAUGUCCUUGCUUCUGACCUCGAGAUCGGUGCACGCCGCAACCCUCAACACCCUGUACAAGCACAUUACCAUUCCUCACUCGAGAAUCUUUCGCAAGUUCCUGUCCAACAUCACAACACACCCUGCACUAGGCACCAUUGUACGGCGCAUCGACUUUAGCCACUUCAACAACGCGACCCUUUUCGAGUCUGCCAGCGAGCGCAAGGGCACGCGGAACCUGACGGAGGAGACAUUGUUGCAAUGCUUGGAGCUUACACCGCACCUCCAAGAGUUCCUGGCUAUGGAGCACAUUGACGAUGACCUCGGCGCCGAGGUGAUGCAGAAGCUCUUCUUCGGCAUGCCUCGCCUGCAGGCCUUGGACUUUGCCGGGUGCACAUCACCGUCUUUCAAGAAUUCCUUCGCAUCCCUGGUAGACAUGGACUGGCCCGAGACGCUUUCGAUUACUCGCCUCUCCCUUCACAAGUGUCUGACACUCCCCCCCGCGCUUUUCGAGAAGAUCAUGCCACGCCUCACCAACGUCACGCACCUAGACCUUGCCCAGACCAAGAUCACCGACCGAGCGCUGCAGGCCAUCCCGAAGACGGCCAAGAUUACCCACUUGAACCUCGCCAAGUGCACACUGCUCACGGCGCCCACCGUUAUCAACUUCCUUGCGACUCAUCCGGCGGUCAGGAACCUCGUUUACCUGAGCGUGGCCACCGAUGCUCGGAGUCACCAGCUUCUGGAUGUGGAGGACGUUUCGCAGCUCAUCCCUGUGCUGCCCAAGACGCUUCGGUCUUUGAGCCUAAAGGGUAGCCGCAUGGAUGACUCGCACCUUGAGUUACUGCGACCUCUGACCAAGUAUUUGGAGGAGCUCGCCGUCGGGCGCGACAUGGAUGUCAAUGCCGCCGCUAAGCUGCUUGAGCCGGCGGACGAGAAGAAGCAGGAGGAGCCCCACACAAUCCGAUACCUGGACCUUUCGGACCUCUGGGGCAGCGAGUUGGACAUCGUGGAUUUGUUUUCGAGCCGAAACUCGCUGCUAAAACCGAGCUCGGUGCCACUCGAGGUGGUUGAGAUCUCGGAGCAAUCUUUCAAGAGCCUAUCUCGGAAUAGGGCACUGGAGCGCGUCGGCUGGUCCCUGCAGGAGAUCGGAAGCCGAUGCUGGAUGGUCCGAAUGCAGGACCACCGCAAGGAUCAGGACCGCGGCUACCGGUGGUGGAAGAUUGGCGCCGACAACUGGGGCAUGCGCAAGAUCCCGGUCGCGCGCGCCGAAGUCGGCGGCAUGUACGGGUCCUUUAUGUUUGGACGCAAGCUAUGAAUCACAUGCACAUCGCAAAAUCGCAUGGGAAAUCGAAAUGGAAGAAAAGGGAAAGGGAAAGGGAAAGCAUUUGCAUUUGAAUGCAUCGACCGAAAAACAAGCGACCAACAUCAUCAGCAUUUGAUUCCCU